AUGAGUGAUGAUCUUUUGAAGAAACAGAGAUCAAUACAACCAAAUUCACAUCCUCCAAAUUCGACACAUAAAGAUAUACGUAAUGAAACAAUUUCUUCUCCACAAAAACAGACUCGGCCAUCACACACACCUUCACCAAGUUGUGUCACCCCAUCUUCAUUAAUGCUCCAACAAAAAAUCGACGAAGCUAAGGGAAAAGUUAUAACUGUAGACGAACCAUCUGUGCUCAACGACGAAACUUUUAACGACGCUCAUUACACCGCAGACGACGAUUAUGUCAAAGAAGAAAAACCAAGAAAGGUGCUCAACCCGGCAAAGAAGACGAAAAAAACAAAACAAUCGAAAAAGGCAACAAAGUCCGACAAAGUUGAUCUUUCACCUCAACAACAGCAACCACAACUCGACGCCAAAAUCGAAAUUUCAGUAACAGAGAAUGUGAAUUCAUCAAGCGAAAAAGAUAUAUUAAAAGACGAACAAUUCAAUGACGCACAUUAUGCUCCCGAUGACGACAAAAUUGUGCCUGAAAUCAAAACUAAGCGGAAAGCACUGAACCCACCAAAGAAGAAAAAGGUGGUUGAAAAGGUCGGAAAGGAUGAAAAGAAGAGUUCUGUCAUACCAACAGAUUUUACAAAAACAGAAAAGAAUGUUGUCAAUUCAACAAUCAAAGAACCAAUAGAUAAAUGUUCAGAAGAACAUAAAACAACUCGAAAACCACUCAAUUUGAAGUUCGCGACAAAGAAGAAGUCCGCGGAGUCUUCUCUUUCUGUUGAACCAAUUAAUGAAAGUGUUCCAAAACACUCAGAAGAGACAAAAGUGGUAUUACCCACACCGGAAAAGAUCUCUAUGGACGAUAAAAACAUAUUAAUCGACGAAAAUUUCAAUAACGCACACCAACCAACUACAGAUGACACUUAUGGAAAAGGCACGGAAAAGACAACACGAAAAACGUUGAAUCCAAAGAAAGCCUCAAGACGCCUUAGCAACAAAAACAUCGACGACAAUACAAAAAUGACAGCUUCGGAGUCGGGGAGAAGAAAGUCGAUCAAAAGAGUGGACACCGGCAAAGAUAAACCCGUCAGUAAAUUGCGCAUGUACAAGGACAACGGCUCGAAGACGGAAAAUGUCACAAGCGACUCUUCAGACACCGGCGAAAACUCGCCAUUAGCAAGGCGAACCGUUUCGCCAAGAGGAAUGAAUGGGUCGUCACAUAUGUCUACCGUGUCGAUGGCUAAUCUUCCCCAUGACACUCAUCAAAUCUUCGCGUCGAGUGCCGAAACUCCAUUUUUGGACGAUGGCGAGAAAAGCCCCAAAAAUCGGUCCCGGUCUCCGUCAACACAUGAAGGUGAAGACCCGAUGGUAACCAAAGUUUUAAUUAUACAAGAAGAAGACAGAAAGUUGGUUUUUAACAUUGCGGACACGAUCGGACGAGGUGCGUUUGGAGAAGUGUUAAAAGGCAUGAAUGCGGACUCUGGGGAGUUUGUAGCAAUCAAACAGAUGAAAGUGAACAAGAAAAGUGUGUUAAAAGAGGUUGCUGAAGAAAUCAAGUUACUUCGAUUUCUCGAGAAUGAUUAUAUUGUGAGAUACAUUGCAUCUACACAGAGCCAUGGAUGCUUAUAUAUUGUGAUGGAAUUUAUGGAGUCUGGUUCAUUGUUAAACAUUGUGAAACAAUUCAAACAACUGAAUGAAGUGUUGUCUGCCAAAUAUAUAUACCAAGUGUUGAUAGGGUUAGAGUAUAUUCAUGGACAAGGAAUAGUCCAUCGUGAUAUUAAAGCAGCAAAUAUAUUGGUAGCAAAAGACGGGAGAGUAAAAAUAGCCGAUUUUGGUGUGUCGAUUCAAACAAGCGAUUUAUCAAAUGGGAACAGCGAAGACCCGAUUGGAACACCAAAUUGGAUGAGUCCUGAAGUGAUUCAAAUGCAAGGAACUACUAUUAAAGCAGACAUUUGGGCCCUUGGGUGUACCGUUAUCGAACUUAUAACAGGGAAUGCACCAUAUUCUGACUUGAAUCCAACUGCCGCGUUAUAUAGAAUUGUAUCUGACGAACACCCACCAUUUCCUCCAUCUGUUUCACCUUAUUUACGCCAAUUUUUGUUGGCAUGUUUUGACAGAGAUAUAAACCUUCGGAAGACUGCAAAGGAACUCAAGUCGUUCAAAUGGAUAACACAGAACUGUAACGAGAAGAAGGCAGUUACUACAAAGAAGAAGGUUGUCAAAAAGAAAGUCGAAAUUGUACCACAAAAGAAAGACGACGAAGACUGGGGAAACGAUUUUGCAACCGAAGGAGAAGACGACAUUCUGAAAAACAUCCCGCUCGUUGGUUCACAAAGAAAAUUGAAACCCGUCUCAUUUGAUAGCGACUUCACAUUCUCACCAGCACACUCAAAAAAGGCAACACCAAACGAUAAUUGGGAUGACGCAUUUAUUUCGACGCCGGUCACUAAAUCAGAGAAAAUCGACAACAAAGACAAAGUCGACAUUUUCGAGAAACUCGAGAAAAGCCAACAAAUUGAAAAAGUCGAAAAAUCAGGAAAUGAAAAAUUGAAAGUGUCAAUUUCUGAGUCUCCACAAAAAGUCACAAAACUUUCGCUAGCACCAAUUAAAGUUGUCGAAGAGUCGGAUUGGGACGGCGACUUUGCUAUGGACUCUCCAUCACAACCAAAAGUGACACUAAACACGCCAACUAAAGAAACGCACCACGCAGAUAAAGCAGAAAAGAAGUUUAGUCAAAGUUUGAACACAAGUAAAGGCGAUGAUGACUGGGGAGAUCUACUAGACUUCCCUGCCGACGAUGGGAAACAAACACCAAUCUUCCUUCGACCUGCAAAUUCACCAGAAAAGAAGCCAAUCGCAUUUUCACCACUUCAAAAUUGCGUUGAAGACUACGACUCGGACUUUGCGGAGGCUGACGACAAACCAACCAAUUCAGUGAGCGCAAUGGAAAGUAUUGAAGCAAUGGAAUGCUUUGAACUUGAGACGACGAAUCAAGUCAGUCAAAUGAAGUCGAAAUACAGAGAGCUGAUAUUGGAGUCGAUUGAGGUAUUGAAUUCUGGAGCAAAAGAUGUAGUAAAUAAGAUGAAAAGGAUGAUGAAUGAGAUCAAUACGGUGUGUCAGGACGAUCAAUUUUCUGAUAUUGACACGACGAUUUCGGAGUGUGGUGUGUUCCCAAUUUUGAGUGUACUUGAGCAAGAAGAGUUUGAUGCAAGUCCGGAGUUACGGUUAGAAGCCAUUAAAGUGAUUAAUGUGAUCAUGGACAAAUGUGUAUGUCCCACUGACAAAAACAUCGAAGGUUGUAGUCCACAAGACAAUUGUUCCAAAGCACGUGAACUCAUUUUGAUGACUGGUGGUGCUACAGUAGUGAAUUACUGCAUUUCAAUGGCCAAACAUGAUUUACAUUUAGUUGAAAUAGUGAAGUUCUUGAAGAAUGUCUUUGGGGAUGUUGGCAACAAGUUUUUGAUACCCAAUUUGUUCAUUAAUUGUGGGGGUCUAAGUAUCAUUUCACAAAUAUUAAGUCCGAAAAUAGAAGUGAAAGAUACCCUUAUAGACGAAGUUUUGAAGACCGUCUACUCUUUUGUAGAAAAGCAGGCAAAUGACGUCAGCAGUAAGAAAAGUAUGUGUCCAAAGAAUAUUUUGAUUCUCAUGUUUUUACAAGAUAAAGUCAUGGACGCGAUCAUUCAAUAUGCGUGCAGAAUGUUUCUGAACAAGAAUUACGAAGGCUCGUUGGAUGGAUUUCGUAUUGUCAACCAACUCAUUUCUUCAAAUUUGAUUUCGGACUUGCAGAUCAAAGCAGAAAUGUGUCAGCGAGUGAUCACAAACAACGUGUUUGGGCUACUCAAAAAGUUGGACUCUUCGAAAGAUGCAAACUUUGUGCAAGAAGAAAUUCUGUUCAACAUCUGCAAAUUGUGCAAAAACUUGCUCACUAAAAUCCGCCCAGAAAACUUCGAGAGUCUAUUGAAUGCAAAGAUAGUGCCAUUCUUAGUGAAAUUGAUGUCAAAGUGUGAUAGUUUAGAUAACCCAAUUGAGAGAGAUAAACCACAUUUGACUGACAUGAUGAAGACGGGGUUGAUCAACAACAUGUUCCAGUGUAUUUGGCUUUGUUUGUCUUUCAGUGGCAAAAAUUUGGCACAGAGUGUAUUCAAGGAUAUGAUGCUGUUCACGUCUACAUUUACACUGUUGCGCAGUUAUUGUGAAGUGUCGUUGAAAGCGUCAAAAAGUGUUGAAAAUGAUACUGUGAAGAUCAUUAUUAUUAUGGCAACUAUGCUCAACUCACACUAUAAAACAUGUGACUUCAUCACUGGGGAGGCCUCAUUGUUCUUGAUCAAGUACUUUGCAGAUGGAAAACAUCAAUUUAUGGAAAACACAUUCAACGCGUGCAUCGCUAUGUAUCUCUCCAACCCUAAAAAGGUGAUGAAGACAUUCACAAGCGAGGACUUCAUGAAGAACUUAAUGAACGCACUGAAGAACGCAAAUUAUGAUGAUCAGGUGUGUGUGAACGAGUUACUCAAAUUCAAGACGUUGACGGAAUACACCGAAGUUGCUCAAAACUUUGCACAAAGCUUUUUGUUACUCGACUUAGUCAAACUCCUUCGCGAUGUGACUACCAACAACCGCGAAGUGAAAAUCAACUUGUUGAAAAUCGUAAAGUCACUGUUGCAAGCGCACCCCGAGAAGAAAAGGUUGGUUGGCAACGUCGAGCUGUUAGCUGCAAUGAAGCAAGUGUAUGAAAACGGAGUGAAGGAAAAUAUGGUGACUGUUCGUGAAGGAUCCGAAGAGUGUAUUAAAAUGUUAACAACAGUCCAAUUGGAGAGUAAGCCCGUCACAAGCAUCCGUUCCAAAUUUUUUGAAAAGAAGACAAGCUCCGCACACAAGCGGUCUGCUUCUUCAUAUACCAACAAAGACAUUAAAAGCUUUGAAAAUGAUACAAAGCCAAUACCAUUGAGUCAAUUUGUCAAUACCCCACAAUCAAAGAGUGAUUCUAUAAGAGUGGAAGCACCAAAUUCACCGCGGACGCCCGGAAGAAGUAUUCCAAUUAAAAGUAAAGGCGGGAGAAGCUCGUUGUCUAAAGGGGAAACGAUAGACAAUGACAAGAAAGAUAAGAAGGAUGGGAGCUCGAGUCCUCAAAGUGAAACACCGAAGGAAAAGAAGAGAGGGAUGUUUUCUUUCAUGAAGAAGUAA